AUGGCUGUCGACGCGCUUCAUCUUCGUCGCGAUUCCCUCCCCGGCCCUCCCUCCGAUCCUCCCCCCCUCCCGCCCAAGGCCCUCCAUUUCGGCUCUCCGGUAUCUAAGGAGGCGCAUUUUAGAGGCGUGCGUAAACGUCCCUGGGGCCGAUUCGCCGCCGAGAUCCGCGAUCCCUGGAAGAAGACGCGCAAGUGGCUUGGAACCUUUGAUACCGCUGAGGAGGCGGCCCGGGCCUACGAUGAGGCUGCCAGGAGUCUUCGUGGCCCCAGGGCAAAGACGAACUUCGUCUAUGCCGCUGUUGCCGUUGCUCCGUCUGUCCCGAUGUCACCGGCGGCGGCCUCUACCGCUAGUGGCGGUGUUGGUAAUGGUGGAGAGAUGUUUGGUAGGCGCGUGGGGUUUUGGAGGGCUCCGGUGUAUCAUGCGGCGGACGCCACGGCGGGAGUGCCGGGGAGAUCGGAGUAUAAGGGAUACAAGUUGGAGAAUGUGGAUUUGGUGAUGGGAGAGGAGAGAAAGAUGCGGAAAGAGAAGAAACCGUUGAUGCUUGAUCUUAACCAACCACCACCACUCUUCUAG